UGACUUAUGAAACAAUUACUCGGAAAGUGAAAGUGAAAUUAAGAUUGCUGGUGCUCAAAUGGUGAAAAUGGCUUCACUAUAUGAAGAUGAUUUGUCUUGUCCCGUGUGUCAUGAAAUCUUCAAUGCUCCGGUUGUUUUAUCUUGUAGUCACAGUUUCUGUAAAGAGUGUCUUCAACAGUUCUGGAGAACCAAGGAAACACAGGAGUGUCCUGUCUGCAGGAGAAGAUCCUCAAGAGAUGAUCCUCCAAAUAAUCUUGUGUUAAAAAACUUGUGUGAGUCGUUCCUGAAGGAGAGAAAUGAGAGGCGUUCAUCAGGAUCUGAGGAGAUCUGCAGUUUACACAGUGAGAAACUCAAACUCUUCUGUCUGGAGGACAAACAGCCUGUGUGUUUAGUGUGCAGAGAUUCACAGAAACACGACAAUCACACAUUCAGACCCAUCAGUGAAGUUGUUCCAUCACACAAGGAGGAGCUCAAUACAGCACUGAAGUCCUUACAAGAGAAACUGAAACACAAUAAAAACAUUAAAGGAGAGUUUGAGAAAACAGUUCAACACAUCAAGUCUCAAGCUGAGCACACAGAGCAUCAGAUUAAACAGCAGUUUGAGAAGCUUCAUCAGUUUCUCAGAGAUGAAGAAGAAGCUACAAUCACUGCACUGAGGGAGGAAGAGGAGCAGAAGAAGCAGAUGAUGAAGGAGAAGCUGGAGGAGAUGAACAGACACAUCUCAACUCUUUCACACACAAUCAAAGACAUGGAGGAGAUGACGAAAGACAAUGACGUCUGCUUUCUGAAGGAGUUUCCAGUCUCAAUGGAAAGAGUCCAGAUCUCACAGCCGGAUCCACAGAUGGCUUCUGGAGCUUUGAUUCAUGUGUCACGUUACUUGGGCAACCUGCAGUUCAGAGUCUGGAAGAAGAUGCAGGACAUCAUCCAAAACACUCCUGUGAUUCUGGAUCCAAACACGGCUCAUCCACGUCUCGCCCUGUCUGAUGAUCUGACUAGCGUGACAAGCAACUGGAACCCCGAUCCAUGUCCUAAUAAUCCAGAGAGAUUUGACUGGUAUGAAUGUGUUCUGGGUUCAGAGGGAUUUAACUCAGGAACACACUGCUGGGAUGUGGACGUUAAAGAGAGUUCAUAUUGGAGUCUUGGAGUAGCUACAGCAUCAAACCAGAGGAAGGGACGUGAUUUCCCUCACAGUGGUGUCUGGAGUGUGGGGUACAAUCUGACACAGUCUGGAUUUCUUGUUGAACAAAAGCUUGAUCGUGUGAGAGUUGAUCUGGACUAUGACAGAGGAACGGUGUCAUUCUCUGAUCCUGUAACUAACACACAUCUACACACAUUCACAACCACCUUCACUGACACAGUCUUUCCAUUCUUUUAUACUCUUUCCCAUCUGAGGAUCUUACAGUUAAAUAGUUUGUAAACAUUACAACUGUAGGUCUGGAUCAACCUGCUUUCAUUGGGGGUGAAGUCAAAAAUGUAUGGGGGGAGGGGGAUUUUUUAUUCAUAGUCAACAUGCCUUCCGAUAUUUAAACCAUAUCACACUCUCACACACUGUUGUUAUAAAUAUCAUUGAGGCUGUGACUGGGCACAAGGCUGCAAUUGAUCACAACCAUGCAGAUUCAGCAUAACAUGAUUGUGAGUUUGAUUGCUUUAUACAACAUUUCAGUUGGAGUGGAGUGAAACAAACACUGAAAUGUUCUAGUGCUGUUAAGGCCAAUUCACACUUCAUAGACAGACGCUGUUAAACACCAACAGAAUCAUUUGUAUCAAUGUGUUACCCUUGUCGGUGUUUACUCCCUUAUGGAACAAAAAUAUAUGGGAAUAUACUGCAAAAUAUAAUGUGAUAUAUUACAUAAUACAUUUUCAUAUAUGGGAAACUUCUGCUUAUAUUUUUCAAUAUACUGCAAUAUAUGCAUUGACCAUGUAUGGCUAUAUAUUGAUACAUAUAAAAUAUUUAGAAAUGAGGACAUUACAUUCAUAAAGUUUUAUCCUUUAUUGUGUACAUAUAUUGCACAUACAUGUUCCCAUAUAAAUGUGAAUGUAUUGUACACACAUUCAUGGAAUGAGUUACAGCAGACUUCUAGUUCCCAGCAUGCUUUGCUUCUGACUGUUAAAGGAGAGUAAAUGUUAAAAUUAAGUGCUAUUUCAUGGGUUUUGCUCAAUAUUGAUAUAGGGGGAGAUCUGUUAGUGUUUAAAGUUGUAUUAUUUUGGAAUUUAAAAGGUUUUCUGGUAUGUGUGAGUUUUUGGGGUUACUAUUGUGCUGAAGAGUAGAGCCUGAGGUUAGGUUUAUGAUUGGCUGAACACCAUUAAGACUGUAAUAACUUUAUUUAAACAGUAACGGCUGUGCACGUUAUACACAGUGAUAGUCUCUUUGGUAGGAACUUUAGUACAUGCAGGUGUGCUUUUGUUAACUAACUUAAAAAUAUGAAACAUUUAAAAUGUAAAUAAUUAUAAACUAUAAGAAAUGUGUUACAUAAUAUAUUUGACCAUAUAUGUGUUUAUACUGCAUGAGUAAAUAUAUCUGCAAUUAUACAUGCAGUACCAUAUCUGAUCACAUAUAAAUCUAUAUAAUAUGAAGUAUAUUACUGAAUAUAAAAUUACAUACAUUAUGAUAUAUUAGUAAAUAUAUUAUAACAUAUUUUUCAAUAUAUGAAAAGCGGCUCCUUAUGUAUUAUUCAAUAUAUUGUAAUAUAUUUACACAAUAUAUUUUUCUGAAUAUACUGUUAAAUCAUGUAAUAUAUUGAUCAUUCAUAUAUAGGGAAAUAUUUUUUUUCCAUAAGGGCUGGCAUUGGUAGGCACUUGUUUUUGCCAAUUGAACAUGUUCAGACAGGGUUUGUUGAGUUGUGGAAUGUCAAAGAAGUUAUAUACUUUGACGCAGUGUUUGUCGGUGUCUGUCUGUGCAGUAAAAAAGUGAAAUACAAGCAUGUUUGGAACACUGCUUGACUGACCAAACCAGUAGUCCAGAACUAAUUAUUAUAUAUUUAAACUAUGGAGCAGAUUUCAGACUUCCCCGCUUAUUUUCAAGUAAACCUCGCUCCAGACCAAGGCGAUAUCAAUCUGCUUCAGCUAUGUGUGUGCAUCAGGUCAGUAACUAGUUCUGUCUGGUCUUCCUAUGUGGAGAAGUGUAUCAAAUUAAUGUAAGUAUAAAUCCUUUAGUUUUAAUGUGCUUAUGUGAAUAGCCUUUUUAUAGUUCCAUUGUGUUUGUUUUAUGUUUGAAAAUAGACAUGUGGGGGAAGAGAUUGUAGCAGCUGGUGAUUUUUCUUGUAUGAAAUUGGAUUUUUGUAUUGCACAUUAUAUAAUUUUAAGGGUGUAUUUAGACAUUAUUGGGUUGUGGAUGAAUGUCAAGUUUUAUAUAAAAUAUAUUCAGAUUAAUAGUUUGAAAAAGAAAUGUUUAAAAUAAUUAAAUCAUCAAUUUAAAAAUUGUAUUUGCUGUAUAAAUGUUUGAAUAUCUACCGCCUACUUACAUGGUCUUCUUUGUGGUAAUUGAAAUCAAGCAUUUAAAUCCUGUCUGUGCUAAAUCCUGUUUAUAUUUGACUGCAUCUACUUGUGCUCUAAAAGUGGUGUUUGUAUUUGUGUUUAAAGGUUUUUCACCUGACUGAUUGACUGAAUGAUCACUGCAUCGAACUUUCAAAAUAAAAAAAAGAAAAGUCAGCAAAAGUGUGGUCAA